GACCCGUGUCUGAAGUCUACAUACAAAAACACAAACGCAGUUGGCCGGCGACAGCCUAUGACGUCACUACCGGCGCGACCACAGUAUAAAAGGACGCCGGUAGAACAGGACGGUCGCUUCUUCGUCUGAAGCUCACAUCCGAAGCAUGGCCAAGAGCCUAGAGGACGCAGUGUCUCGUUCCCUUCUCAGGGAACCAGGGUUACAUACGUAACCUGAGACGUUUUCCAGUCUCUCUAGAAGAAUGCCUCAUAUGCAGCAAUGAGAUGUAGUAGUACCAGCACUGAUAUAUUCUUUGCAAUAGUAUGGUUUGAAUGUUAGAAAAUGUUUGAGUUAAUGUGUAAUUGAACACUUUAGGUUAAGCUAAAUAUAAAUCACUCUAUGAGAAAAUAUGAAUAAACACAAUUUACACAAUUUAACCUUGUUUAUAAUAAUAUAAUAAUAAUUGUGAGUUUACAUCAUAUGAAGAGGAAGCAACAUCACCUGUGAAGAUCUUUUUUUUUUUCAUUUGCAUGUGUCAUUAGACAGUUUGCAUACAGGAACAAACUGUACAGACCCUUUCUGUAGGGCCUGUUUCCACCAUAUUCAAAUUAACUCAGUCAAAGACCAACACAGAGAAAUAUCAGAAAAACAUAUCAAGGAGGAAGAGAAAGGAAAAGGGAUUUUUUGGAGUAAUAAACAAAUGAUAUAAAGCUGAAUAAAGGGAUGAGAGCAGAUACAAUAAUCACAUUAAAGCUGCAGACAGAAACAUCAGACUCAGGACAGAAACACACAACCUCUAAAGUAAGAACAACUCACCUGUUCUAGUGAGAAUUAGACUUCUUACAUGUUAAUAUUGUCUUAAUCAUUGUGUAUGGUGCAUUUAUGUUGAAUUUUUCAUUAAUUGCUGAAAUCAUGUUUUACACCAAAAUUAAUCUAGAAAUCUGAGUUUAUCUGUAUUUUUCUAAUUCAGAAAUGGCCCAAACUCUAUUUUUCAUUCUUCUUCUCACUGCUCUCUGCUCCGUAUCUGAAUGUGUUCAGCGUCAGUAUCACUUUAUAAAUGAGAUGAAGACCUGGACUGAAGCUCAGAGAUACUGCAGAGAGAAUUACACAGAUCUGGCCACCAUUGACAACAUGAAUGACAUGAACGAGCUGAAAAAGAGUGUGGAUUUUGGAGGUUUUCCAUAUGUCUGGAUUGGGCUGCAGAAGAUGGGUCAUUAUAAAUGGCAGUGGUCUUCAGGUGAACCUGUGCUCUAUCUGAACUGGGCUACUGGACAACCAGAUGGCAGAGAUGAUUAUGGUAUGAUGUUAAAUGGACAAUGGCAUGAUAUACCAUGUAGUGAUACCCGACCUUUCAUCUGCAACAACACAAACACAGGACUCAUCUUUGUCAAUCAGAUGAUGAAUUGGAGAGACGCUCAGAGUUACUGCAGACAGAAUCACAUUGAUCUGGUCAGUGUGAGAAACCAGAAUGAGAAUCAACAGGUUGAGCAGUUCAUUAGUGAUAGAAAUUUAUCUGGAUCACAUGUCUGGAUCGGUCUGUUCAGAGACUCAUGGCAGUGGUCAGAUCAGAGUGACUCCUCAUUCAGAUACUGGAACACUGGUGAACCUAAUAAUGCUGGAGGUGUUGAAAACUGUGCAGUGAUUGCACCGAAUGUUCAGGGACAAUGGAAUGACAUCUCUUGCAAUUAUCAGUUUCCUUUUGUGUGUCAUGAAGAUAAACUGGUUCUGAUCAAAGAGAAUCUGACGUGGUCUGAAGCUCUGAGUUACUGGAGACAGAAUCAUGUGGAUCUGGUCUCGGUUCAUUCAGAAGAGAUUCAGCGUGGUGUGAUGAACGUGGUUAAACGGGCGUCUACUGCGGCGGUGUGGUUGGGUUUACACAACUACUGCAGCAUGAACAUGUGGCUCUGGGUGAGUGGAGAGAUCGUGUGGUAUCACAACUGGGCUCCAGGGAACGGAACGACACGGGAAAACUGCAGCCUCGAGAACAGAAAAGGAGCAGUUCAGUCUGGAGGAGAUCAGCGCUGGAUCAGCCUUCCUGAAUCUCACAAACUCAACUUCAUCUGCAGAAAGAAAGACAAGUUCUGAGUGAAUCUGAUGUGGUUUGGUUACUGGGUUUUAAACAGAGGUGAGUAGUAACGAAUUACAUUUACUUCGUUACAUUUACUUGAGUAAUUUUUUGGGGUAACUAGUACUUUUAGAGUAUAUUUAAAGAUAGGUACUUUUACUUUUACUCAAGUACAUUUUUAGUGAAAAAACUUUACUUUUACUUCGCUACAUUUGAUGGCGUUACUCCGUUACUGACAAAAUUGUAAUAAAUAUUAGACGUUGGAGAGGCUGCUUCGCGAGAGUCUGCUACGCAUCUCCGCGUAAGUUCAGCGCGCGUUUAGAAAGAUGAUGGCUGAAGCAGAGGAUGACGUGUGUGCGCUAUCGGGGGCAGAUCACCCGUGGCCUCAAAUCAACUCUAUUUUUUCACUUCAAGAUGUGAGAAAGAACAGUUUCAUAAUGCGAUGCAUUCUUUCGCUUAACCGUUCCGUUCCGUGCCGAUCCGGGCCAGUCAGCACGGAUACGGUUUCAUUUUCCACUGUGGUGCCGAUAACGGAACUCUUUGGAAUGUAAAUACAAAUGCGUUAGUCGUUGCCUUGGUAACGCAAUUGUACUAUAAACAGAGAUAUGAUCAGAUAUUUCUGUUUUUGGGACUUUGUUAAAUAACAGGAAACAACUAUAAAUAACAGGACACAACUAUAAACAACGCAAAAAAUAAAAUAAACAGAAGGCGACGACAGGUAUAACGUUACCAACAAAUGCUGAGGGGAUAUGCAUGCCAAUGGAGACGGACACAGAAGGUAAAACCUUUCUAAAAACUAACACAUUUAUUGACAGUAUUAAUGCAUGAGCUAUGAACGCAGCGUAACAGCUGUUUACUUGGCUGUUUGAUCAUACAGCGCGCUUUCGCUUAGCACACACAUUCUAUCACGAUAGUGGAAAAGCAGCUAAUAUGAUGCCUAUUUGAACCCUAUUAAUGGUAAUUUGGUAACUAUGGGCACUUUGACCUUAUAGUACCAUAUUUCACACACUGUCCGAAUGUUUUUCCUCAUAUGCGCGCUUGUGCAAGCAAUGACAAAUAUCUUGUGAACCUUACAAACAACACACGUUCGUGACGUUCAUUCUAAACGUCUGCAUCUUUUCAUAUCCAUUUUCCAAAAAUCUAAAUAAAUUGAAGUGCAUACUGUGACGUUAUACACAAAUUUGUACACUAAUGUGCCCAUCACAGGACUGAGAUAGGCUACUUUACUUCAGCCUACGUUUUAUAUAAACAAAACAAAGAGACUUUCAAGGAGAGGUGUGUGGAAGCUUUCCAAAUAGUUUGAAGUUCAAGGUUUUCGCUUUAUAUCAAUCAGAUCAGAAGUAACUAGUAACUAGCUACUUGAGUAGUUUUUCCAUCGGAUACUUUUUUACUCUUACUCAAGUAACUAUUGGGAUUGUUACUUUUACUCUUACUUGAGUAAAUAUUUCCAUAAGUACUUUUACUUUUACUUGAGUACAAAUUUUGGGUACUCUACCCACCUCUGGUUUUAAAAGUGGUCAGAAGUGUGUUUUAUUUCUGUAUAAUGAAAUACGUGUCUUUUAAGAAACUCUUUGUAUACAGAGGGCCGGAGGUAAAGUGAAAACUCUGUUAACCCUGAAAUAAGGUUAGUUACACCAAAACACAGUGGGAGUGGG